GGGGCGCAGCGCAAACAUGGCGGCGGCUGGCGCAGGCCGGUGAGGCGGUAUCGGGCGGGGGGUUGUUGGGUGUGAUGGGCGGUGGCGGCGGCACCGCCCCCGCGUCUCCCUGAGCGGGACGGCAGGGGGGCCUCUGCAGCGAGCCGGGCGAUGGACGAGAGCGCCGAGCUAGGCGGGCUGGAGACCAUGGAGACCCUCACGGAGCUGGGCGACGAGCUGACCCUGGGGGACAUCGACGAGAUGCUGCAGUUUGUCAGCAAUCAAGUGGGAGAGUUCUCAGACUUGUUUUCCGAGCAGCUGUGCAGCUCCUUCCCCGGCGGCAGCGGCGGAAGUUCCAACAGCAGCGGCAGCAACAGCGGCAGUGGCGGCGGGAGCGGCAGUGGCGGGGGCAGCGGUGGCGGAGCCGUGGACCUCUCCAUGCAACGGCCGUUCAGCCAGGUGCCCUUGCCUGCCUUCUCUCCCUCGGCCACCACCCCCCAGGCUCCGGCCCUGCAGGUCAAGGUUCCCCCCACGACGGUCCCCACCCCGCCCAGGGCGGCGCCUGUUCUUCAGCCCCGCCCCCAGCCUCCGGCGCCACCCCAUGCUCCGAUGCAGCAGCAGACAGUGGUGGUCGGCCCGACGUUCAGCACCACCGCCCCACAGACGAGGAUCAUCCAGCAGCCCCUCAUCUACCAGAACGCCGCCACCAGCUUCCAAGUCCUGCAGCCUCAAGUCCAAAGCCUGGUGACAUCCUCCCAGGUGCAGCCGGUCACCAUCCAGCAGCAGGUGCAGACGGUCCAGGCCCAGCGGGUGCUGACACAGACGGCCAAUGGCACGCUGCAGACCCUGGCCCCUGCUACGGUGCAGACGGUGGCCGCACCCCAGGUGCAGCAGGUCCCGGUCCUGGUGCAGCCUCAGAUCAUCAAGACAGAUUCCCUUGUUUUGACCACGCUGAAGACAGAUGGCAGCCCCGUCAUGGCCGCGGUCCAGAACCCAGCGCUCACCGCACUCACCACCCCCAUCCAGACAGCUGCUCUACAAGUACCAACCCUAGUGGGCAGCAGUGGGACCAUUCUGACCACAAUGCCUGUGAUGAUGGGGCAGGAGAAAGUGCCCAUUAAGCAGGUCCCAGGGGGCAUCAAGCAGCUCGAGCCCCCCAAAGAAGGGGAGCGACGGACCACACACAACAUCAUUGAGAAGCGAUACCGCUCCUCCAUCAACGACAAAAUCAUUGAAUUGAAGGACCUUGUCAUGGGGACAGACGCCAAGAUGCACAAGUCCGGUGUUCUCAGGAAGGCCAUCGAUUACAUCAAAUACCUGCAGCAGGUCAACCACAAACUACGCCAGGAGAACAUGCUCCUGAAGCUGGCCAAUCAGAAGAACAAACUCCUGAAGGGCAUCGACCUAGGCAGCCUGGUGGACAAUGACAUGGACCUGAAGAUCGACGACUUCAAUCAGAACGUCCUCCUGAUGUCACCGCCGGCCUCAGACUCCGGCUCCCAGGCUGGGUUCUCCCCCUACUCCAUCGACUCGGAGCCUGGAAGUCCUCUGUUGGAUGAUGCAAAGGUCAAAGAUGAGCCGGACUCGCCGCCCGUGGCGCUGGGCAUGGUGGACCGCUCGCGGAUCCUCUUGUGUUUUCUCACCUUCUUGUGCCUGUCCUUCAACCCGCUGACGUCCCUGCUGCGGUGGGGCGGGGCCCGCGACGCGGACCAGCACCCGUACUCAGGCUCAGGCCGCAGCAUUCUGUCCUUCGAGUCAGGUUCUGGGGGCUGGUUUGGCUGGAUGAUGCCAACGCUCCUCUUAUGGCUGGUCAACGGCGUGAUUGUCCUGAGCGUCUUUGUCAAGUUGCUGGUCCACGGCGAGCCGGUGAUCCGACCACACUCUCGCUCCUCAGUCACCUUCUGGCGACACCGGAAGCAGGCCGACCUGGACCUUGCUAGGGGGGAUUUUGCAGCCGCUGCUGCCAACCUCCAGACCUGCCUGUCGGUGCUGGGCCGGGCACUGCCCACCUCCCGCCUGGACCUGGCCUGCAGCCUCUCCUGGAACGUGAUCCGCUACAGCCUGCAGAAGCUGCGUCUGGUCCGCUGGUUGCUCAAGAGGGUCUUCCAGCACCGGUGGGCCACCCCGGCUGCUGCAGCAGGCUUCGAAGACGAAGCGAAGACCAGUGCCCGGGACGCGGCCCUGGCCUACCACCGGCUGCACCAGCUGCAUAUCACAGAGUGGUCAGACCCCUUCCACCUGCACCCAGCUGGGGAGUGGCCGUUGCUGAGGCGCAUUGGCUCUGAGAGCUACUUUCUCAGUCGAGCCCAGAGCCUGUGUGGGGCCGAGCGCAACGCCGUGCCUGACUCCCUGCGCUGGCUGUGCCACCCUCUGGGCCAGAAGUUUUUCAUGGAGCGGAGCUGGUCGGUGAAGUCGGCUGCCAAGGAGAGUCUGUACUGCACCCAGAGGAACCCAGCUGACCCCAUUGCCCAGGUCCACCAGGCGUUCUGCAAGAACCUGCUGGAGCGAGCUGUGGAGGCCUUGGUGAAGCCUCAGGCCAAGAAGAAGGCCGGUGACCAGGAAGAAGAGAGCUGUGAAUUCUCCCACGCUCUGGAGUACCUGCGGUUGCUCAGCUCCUUCGUGGACUCCGUGGGGGUUGUGGCCCCGCCCUUCUCCAGCAGCUCUGUGCUCAAGUCGGCCCUCGGUCCAGACGUCGUCUGUCGCUGGUGGACAUCCGCAGUCACCAUGGCCAUCAGCUGGCUCCAAGGAGACGACGCAGCUGUGCGCUGUCACUUUGCUGAAGUAGAGCGUGUCCCCAAGGCCCUGGAAGUGACCGAGAGCCCCCUGGGGAAGGCCGUCUUCCACACCUGCAGAGCCAUGCAUACCUCGCUCUCGGGAAAGGCCGACAGGCAGCAGAGCUUCUGCCACUGUGAGAGGGCCAGUGGCCACCUGUGGAGUAGCCUCAACGUCAGCGGGACUGCCUCUGACCCCGCCCUCAACCAUGUGGUCCAGCUGCUCACCUGUGACCUGCUGCUAUCCCUGCGGACUGUGCUCUGGCAGAAGCAGGCAAGCGCCAGCCAGGCCCUGGGUGAGGCUUACCAGGCAUCGGGCGCCGAACUAGCUGGCUUCCAGCGGGACCUGGGCAGCCUGCGCAGGCUGGCACACAGCUUCCGCCCAGCAUACCGCAAGGUGUUCCUGCACGAAGCCACUGUCCGCCUGAUGGCAGGAGCCAGCCCCACCCGCACCCACCAGCUGUUGGAGCACAGCCUGCGACGGCGUAGCACCCAGAAUGCCAAGCACGGUGAGGUGGACGCCUGGCCUGGGCAGCGUGAACGGGCCACCGCCAUCCUGCUGGCCUGCCGCCAUCUUCCCCUCUCCUUCCUCUCCUCCCCGGGACAGCGGGCCGUGCUGCUGGCCGAGGCCGCCCGCACCCUGGAGAAGGUGGGGGACCGGCGCUCCUGCAGCGACUGCCAGCAGAUGAUCGUCAAGCUGGGUGGUGGCACGGCCAUCGCUGCCUCCUGA